GGCCAAGGACACAUGCCUUCUUGAGAGGAAUGAGAAAUAUUAGCCAGAUGGGGCCAGAGAGUGCUUGGUAAGGAAGAGGAGGCUCCGGCCACAGACUGCUUUGUGAUAUACAGGAUUUGUGUCCUGUAGAUCCACCCAGAAGGCCCUGAGCUGGCUGGGAGCUAGGAUCAGAGAGAUUCCCCGGGCUCUCAGAGACUGGCUGGUACCCUGUCUCCUUGGAAGAUGAUGAGGGCACUGUUUAUCUGUGUUGCGAGCUGCCUUCUGGUAGUGAAUGGUGGUGACAUCAUCCAUCGCUGUACCUUGGCCAAGAUUCUGUAUGAGGAGGACUUGGACGGAUUUGAGGGCUACUCCCUGGCUGACUGGCUAUGCUUGGCUUUUGUGGAAAGCAAGUUCAACAUAUCCAAGGUGAAUGAGAACGUAGAUGGUAGCUUCGACUAUGGCGUCUUCCAGAUCAACAGCCGCUACUGGUGCAACGACUACCAGAGUCAUUCAGAGAACUUCUGCAGAACUGACUGUCAAGAACUACUGAAUCCCAACCUCAUUUCAUCCAUCCACUGUGCAAAAAAGAUUGUGUCUGCAUCCGGAGGGAUGAAGAACUGGGUAGAAUGGAGGUUGCACUGUUUAGGACGGCCACUCUCCUACUGGAUGACGGGAUGCCAUCUGGUAUGAACCAGGGUGCAGACCUACUGGGGAGUCACUCCAGGACCCCUGUACUCCUUGGACACCCUUCACUAUUUCAUCGUCUUGCCUUCACCUGUUACUUUCUUCUCUUCCCACUCACAAGUAAAACUGGCCAGAGUCCCAGGGGGAAACGUCUUACCUCGGCUCUCUGCUUGUGUUCAUCCAGGCCCAGUUCCUUUGUUCCUAUUAUUUGCAAACCAAGAAGAGGUCAAAUAAAUACAAUUAUAUGUUUCAAAAUUUAU